AUGACCGUGCCUCUACUAAGGGCAAAGUUAUCCAAACUAGGUUUGUAUACAACUGGCAGAAAAGGAGCUUUGCAGGAUCGGUUUUUUGAUCAUUAUGCAUUAGAUGUGGCUGGCGAUGAGGACGGCCAGGCUGAUGAUUACCAAGAGGCGGUUCAACCUAGUAGCUCGAGAUUUACACUAUGCGAUAUUCAGGACACCAAGCUCUACAUUAAAAGUACAAGGGGAGUUAGGGGUUGGAUUGAGCUGAAAAACGCGUUGAAGGAAGAACUCGGUAAAAAGCUAUGUUCGGCAGAGAUACACAAGAUUUUGCGCAAAAGGCAAAAACAACCAAAAGAGGUAUGCCUCGAGUAUCUCUAUAGUUUAAUUGAGAUCAGCAAACCGAUAAAUCUUGAUGAGGAAAGUCUAGUAUCGUACUUCAUAGAUGGCAUCCCAGAUAGCAAGGUCAACAAGGCAGGGUACAGGAAGGAGAAACAGAUCGCAGCUACCCAGUCGCCCUCCAAAAGGACCAGGAAGCAACCAGUGAAGAAAGUUCCACUGUCGAGCGAGGAAGAGUCCGACGCUGAGGAGCAGAUCGACGAUCAGGUUGAGGAUGAUAGCGACUCCGAGGCAGAAGACGCGGCUGAUUUAAUUGAUGAUGAGGCUGAGGAAGAUGAAGAUGAGAAUAAUGACGAAGAGGAAGAUGAUGACGAGAAGGUUGAGCUAGGAGAGGUUUCAAAGACCUCAGACGCAGGGGAAGAAGAAGACUCCGACGAAGAUGAUGAAACCCCUGUAGAGGAGCCUGUUCCCAAGAAAGGCAAGGAAAGUAAGAAACCCGGGGAAUCCAACUCUGAAGGAUUAAAAGAAAAGAGCGGAAUUCCUAAAGUGUCCGUUGGUAGGAUUCCCAUAGGAACGCCAAAAAAUCGGAUCGUCUAUGCCGCGAACUUACCAAAUGAAUACAAACACAAGGAUGUGGUCACCUUAUUCGCCAAGUUCGAACCGAUCUAUGCAGUGCACCGUAUCACUAAUAAGAUGGGAUCCAAUUCAGUCAUCGUGGCCUUUGAUACGCCGGCUGGAGCAGAAGCCGCUUUGCAAGUGGUUGCCCUGCUUGGACAAGAGGAUAUCAAGAGCUUUAUCGAGAAAGUAGUUCCCGUGGAGUAUGUAACUUUAACUGCUAACCGCCUUAUUCCCAGAGCAUUUGUACGUUUGGAAUCAGUAGAUGAUAUUCCCAAAGUCCUAAAACUGCACAGCACCGAGCUCUUUUCUCGCUUUAUUACGGUGCGACCUGUUUCGUUCAAGGCGCUGUCAAAGUCCAAUGAACUUAUCCUGGUCUUCGAAAAUUUAGGCAAGCACAAGUCAUACAGCUGCGACGCCUUGGAGAAGAUAUUCAAAAAAUGUGGCGAAUUGAACUAUGUUGACGUUGUGUGCAGCAAGACAGUUUUAGCUUUCGUCACAUUCAAGAAACCUGAAGGAGCUACAAAGGCUAUUGCACAACUCCAAGGAAAGACUGUUAACAAUGUGGAGCUUAAGCUGAAGCCCUAUCAUGCCAGUAGCUCGGGGAGGGCUAUUCUAGUGAAAAACUUGACGUCAGAUACUACUGAAGCUGACCUUAGGCAAUUGUUUACCAAGACCGGCGAAAUCGAGAGCAUCCAGAUGUUGGGAAUUAAGGCCGUAAUAAAGUUCACAACCGAUGAAGGCUUGUGUAAAUCAUUCUUGGCCAACGAAACUAUCGUCAACCGCGUACCUAUUUUGAUCGAGCCCAACUCUCUGCUGAAGCACAGGUUAAUGAAAAGACGCAUUGCAAAAAGCCACGCCCCCGGAAAGUUCCAGAAGGACACAUUUGGCCACAAACCUUUUAAUCAGCGUACGUCACAUGAAAAUGGGGGCAAUCCGUUUAUAAAAAGGAAGUUAGAAACUGAAUAUGCCGUAGGAGAAUUAGUUGCCAUAAACAGAACACAGUAA